AGCGCUGUAAGUAGUGAUUCGUCGUCUCUCCUGGGCGGAAGAGGACGAGAUCCUCCACUAAUUGAAAGAUACCCAUCUUUUGUUUCUCGAAUCGAUUCGAGUUCAUUCAUCAAAAACCCAAAUUUUACUUUUGGUUUCUGCUUCGAUUGUUCGCAUUCUGGUUUUCGAACGAUGGGACGAGGCAAAUUCAAGGGGAAACCCACCGGCCAACGCCACUUCUCUCAUCCAGAUGAUUUGCGUGCUGGCACCUCUUCAGCACGUCCUCGAUCAUUCAAACGGGAAGAAGCUGAGUAUGAACGCGAGGAAGAAGAAAAUGAGGAGGUGGUGGUGGAGGAAGAAUCUGAUGGCGAAGAGAAGAAGAAAGGACAUGAAAAUCUAAUCGAAGUUGAAAACCCUAACCGAGCAAAACCAAAGACUGUAAAAGCCAGAGACCUCGACGUUGGUAAAACCACUGAACUUUCAAGGCGGGAAAGAGAGGAGCUGGAGAAGCAGAGAGCUCACGAGCGGUACAUGAGGCUGCAAGAGCAAGGCAAAACCGAACAAGCGAGAAAAGAUUUGGAGCGUUUGGCUUUGAUACGCAAACAAAGACAAGAAGCUUCUAAAAAGCGAGAAGAGGAGAAAGCUGUUAGAGAGGCGAAGAAAGUUGAAGCUCGCAAAUGAAGAAGUUCCUCGAGAAACCUUUAUUGUAGUAAAAAAAAAAUGAUUCCUCUGGAUUUAUUCCGGAAAAAACUUACGCGUUGGUGCCUAUUGAUAAAGGAAACUACUUGUGGUUGGAACACAGAUCGUGGGCAUCUCCCCGAUCGAAUGGAACUUGAGUUAUUCCAUACUUUGACUUGAUAGAUUUCUCUGUUUCAUGCGUGCCCUUCCUGUUUUUGAACGUAACUCUGUUCUAUGAGCUCCUA